AUGCUCCAUAAGCUUGCUAAAAGAUUUUUUGCGUAUUCUGGGAAGCUUUAUACCUGGGGAUCAGAUCCGCAUUAUUCGAGAAGCACAAACUUACCUAAGACCUCUAAAGAUAUCCCAAGCGAAUUUCAAGGUUUUUCAGCUGGCGAAAUCUCAAAAGUCGCAUUCGGAAUCAAUCAUGGAGCCAUCAUCACUAACGAUGGGCUGGUUUACACCUUUGGAAAAGGAAACUAUGGAGCCUUAGGUCAUGACUCUGAAGAUGCACAAGACAAGCCUACAUUAAUAGAAUCCCUAAAAAACAUUGAAAUCAAAGUCAAAGAUGUCGCAGUAGGGCAGCAUCAUACAGUUCUAUUAACUACAGAAGGAGAUAUAUGGACAAUGGGCUAUGGUGGACAACUAGCAGGCGGUAUAUGGCGAAAAAUGUUUUCACAAGGUGGAGGCGCUUUGGGUCAUGGGGAUCUUAAUGAUAAAUUUGUCCCUACUCCUAUAGAAGCUUUAAAAGAACAUGAUGACAUUACACAAAUUGCUGCAGGCUCAUAUCAUAGCUUAGCACUAGGAAGCAAUGGAAUUUUGACUAUAUGGGGUAAAGGAGAGCAUGGUGUUCUAGGCUUAGGAACUAACAGGAACCAUUUAAGUCCAGUUAUCAACCGAUUUUUCGACGAAAUUAAGAAUGAAGAAAAAGUAAAAAUUAAGAAAAUUGCAGCAUGCCAUUAUUAUACAGCUGUAUUACUAGAUGAUGGAAGAGUUUUUACUUGGGGCAGGAAUGAUGAAGGGCAAUUAGCUAUUGGUUCAAGCCUUGGACUUGACAUGUACGAGUGCCAGAGGCAUCCUACAGAGGUUGAGUCGACUUUAGAAGGGAAAAAAGUUAUUGAUGUAGAAACUGGGGAAAACAUUAUUGUGUUUAAGACAGAAGAUCAAGAAGUCUACGUUGCUGGGAGAAAAUUGUGGUGGGAGCCUAUGAAGCUAAAUACACCUCCAGAUGCAAAAAUCACUAGUAUUUUUGCUGGGGACAAUUUUGCUGGAUACAUCAAUGAUGAAAGAGAUGUUUAUUUUGUUGGAAAAAUAUUUUCAAGCAAGUAUGUAGAAGAAAUAAAAGAUUUAAGGAUCUGGAAAGUGAAAAAUGAAGUAUUUAAAGGAAAACUGAUCGAAAAAAUAGGAGGAAGCUACCAAACUGCACAUUACUGCUUCUUAAAAGACGAAGACACUAAACCAAAUGAUAAGCCAGCUCAGCAAUAA